AUGGUCAAGGUUAAUGUGUUGUACUAUGAUGACAUCGACGGCAACACGAAGGCCAUCACAACACCUCCACUCUAUGACAUCGACGGCAACACGAAGGCCAUCACAACACCUCCACUCUAUGACAUCGACGGCAACACGAAGCCUAUCGCAACACCUCCACUCUAUGAUGACACCGACGGCAACACGAAGGCUAUCACAACACCUCCACUCUAUGAUGACAUCGACGGCAACACGAAGCCUAUCACAACACCUCCACUCUAUGAUGACAUCGACGGCAACACGAAGCCUAUCACAACACCUCCACUCUAUGAUGACAUCGACGGCAACACGAAGGCUAUCACAACACCUCCACUCUAUGAUGACAUCGACGGCAACACGAAGCCUAUCACAACACCUCCACUCUAUGAUGACAUCGACGGCAACACGAAGCCUAUCACAACACCUCCACUCUAUGAUGACACCGACGGCAACACGAAGGCUAUCACAACACCUCCACUCUAUGAUGACAUCGACGGCAACACGAAGGCUAUCACAACACCUCCACUAUAUGAUGACAUCGACGGCAACACGAAGCCUAUCACCACACCUCCACUCUAUGAUGACACCGACGGCAACACGAAGGCUAUCACAACACCUCCACUCUAUGAUGACACCGACGGCAACACGAAGGCUAUCACAACACCUCCACUCUAUGAUGACACCGACGGCAACACGAAGGCUAUCACAACACCUCCACUCUAUGAUGACACCGACGGCAACACGAAGGCUAUCACAACACCUCCACUCUAUGAUGACACCGACGGCAACACGAAGGCUAUCACAACACCUCCACUCUAUGAUGACACCGACGGCAACACGAAGCCUAUCACAACACAUCCACUCUAUGAUGACAUCGACGGCAACACGAAGCCUAUCACAACACCUCCACUCUAUGAUGACACCGACGGCAACACGAAGGCUAUCACAACACCUCCACUCUAUGAUGACACCGACGGCAACACGAAGCCUAUCACAACACCUCCACUCUAUGAUGACACCGACGGCAACACGAAGGCUAUCACAACACCUCCACUCUAUGAUGACAUCGACGGCAACACGAAGGCCAUCACAACACCUCCACUCUAUGAUGACAUCGACGGCAACACGAAGGCCAUCACAACACCUCCACUCUAUGACAUCGACGGCAACACGAAGGCUAUCACAACACCUCCACUCUAUGACAUCGACGGCAACACGAAGGCCAUCACAACACCUCCACUCUAUGAUGACAUCGACGGCAACACGAAGGCCAUCACAACACCUCCACUCUAUGACAUCGACGGCAACACGAAGGCCAUCACAACACCUCCACUCUAUGAUGACAUCGACGGCAACACGAAGCCUAUCGCAACACCUCCACUCUAUGACAUCGACGGCAACACGAAGGCCAUCACAACAACUCCACUCUAUGACAUCGACGGCAACACGAAGGCCAUCACACCUCCACUCUAUGACAUCGACGGCAACACGAAGGCCAUCACAACACCUCCACUCUAUGAUGACAUCGACGGCAACACGAAGCCUAUCGCAACACCUCCACUCUAUGAUGACACCGACGGCAACACGAAGGCUAUCACAACACCUCCACUCUAUGAUGACAUCGACGGCAACACGAAGGCCAUCACAACACCUCCACUCUAUGAUGACAUCGACGGCAACACGAAGGCCAUCACAACACCUCCACUCUAUGACAUCGACGGCAACACGAAGGUUAUCACAACACCUCCACUCUAUGACAUCGACGGCAACACGAAGGCCAUCACAACACCUCCACUCUAUGAUGACACCGACGGCAACACGAAGGCCAUCACAACACCUCCACUCUAUGAUGACAUCGACGGCAACACGAAGCCUAUCGCAACACCUCCACUCUAUGAUGACACCGACGGCAACACGAAGGCCAUCACAACACCUCCACUCUAUGACAUCGACGGCAACACGAAGGCCAUCACAACACCUCCACUCUAUGACAUCGACGGCAACACGAAGGCUAUCACAACACCUCCACUCUAUGAUGACAUCGACGGCAACACGAAGGCCAUCACAACACCUCCACUCUAUGACAUCGACGGCAACACGAAGGCCAUCACAACACUUCCACUCUAUGACAUCGACGGCAACACGAAGCCUAUCGCAACACCUCCACUCUAUGAUGACACCGACGGCAACACGAAGGCUAUCACAACACCUCCACUCUAUGAUGACACCGACGGCAACACGAAGGCUAUCACAACACCUCCACUCUAUGAUGACAUCGACGGCAACACGAAGGCCAUCACAACACCUCCACUCUAUGACAUCGACGGCAACACGAAGGCUAUCACAACACCUCCACUCUAUGAUGACAUCGACGGCAACACGAAGGCCAUCACAACACUUCCACUCUAUGACAUCGACGGCAACACGAAGGCUAUCACAACACCUCCACUUACUUUCUUUGAUAAACAGACGAGCCAAAAAUAUAUAGACCACAUAAGGCUUUCAUUGAAAAUGUUUUAA